AUGAGAAGUCUGGAUUGGGCUCUUCGGUUGCUUGAUGAUAUUUACAAUGCUAGAUAUCAGUGCUUCUUGUCGGAGCUAGCUUCUCCAGAUGGUACCUUAGAAACCUUUUCGUCAUUUGUUUUCAACCAUUUGUCCAAAAAACUUGGAUUGGAGAGCCUUGUAAAACAAACCACCACAGAGUUGUUGGAAUGUGUAAAAUAUUAUCGAGAAGAAAACAAACAGUUAGAGUUAUUUGGACUCUUUCUUACUCCGUACUAUUCUGCUGUGGACUUGAUGUUCUUUCUGUACUGUCGAUCCCAAGUGAUUAAUGAAUGCAUCGAAGGAGACAGAAUUCCUUACGUGAACAGAUACAAGAGAGUGAAAUUAGGAGUGGUACCUCAUUAUGUACCACUAUCAAGAUUAGCCUAUCUCAUCAAAAGGUCGUUGCGAGACCAACCAAGGCAACUAGUUGCUAAUUGUAUGAAUGAGUUCAAAAAGCUGCUGUCAAAAAAGAAAGACAAAGAAUUCAAGAAGAAAGAUUCAAGAUUUUACAGAGAAGAAAACAUAGAAUUGUAUGAAUUUUUAAUCAUUCUGUUGGUGAAUUAUAAGGCGUUUAGAGAUUCCAAGAAUUCAGCAGAUCAAUAUUUCUUUUAUACCAUUCUUCCAGAAGAGGGAUUUAAAUCGUCAAAGAGACUAGUAGAUUCUUCUGGCAAAGAUGUUGUUUUAAAAGGAGACGCCACCUACAACAACUUGUUGUUUGAUCUAAAUACUGAAGCAGAUAUGAUGGAUCAAAGAAAACAGCGAAAGCAAGAGAGACAAAACAAAUUAGAUAUAACAUCAGAGGAAAAUGAUCUAAUGAACAAAUUUCUGACAAAUACUUCAACCAUUAUUUCUCCUGCCCUAUCAGGAUCUAAAAAAGGAAAGCUAGGCACAAUGCUCGCUGAAGAAGCUGUGAAAGCCGAGAAAAACGAUAGCCUGGUUAAAGAAUUGAGCCAGUUGCCUUUGGAUGACUUACUUGACCAUCUUUCACACAGCAAUACUUUUGAAGAAAGCCUGAGAUCGUCGAACCAUUUAAACAACAUCGUUACAGAUUUCAACGAACAAGAAGAUGAUGACGAAGAUGAAGAGUCACUCCUACAACAGUUACAAGAUACUAUUGCGAAACUUGAGAAGAAAAGGUCCAAGAAAGGAGCAAGGGACUCUUUAAAUUCAGAAGAUGAAUUUAAGGAUCAGUUGUUGAGGAGAUCUACUUCCCUUUCUGUCACAAACCACUCUUCCUUGAAUGAUCAGGACAGCUCUUCUUAUCAAGAUUUGGAAUCUAUUUCGAUUGGCGAAGGCUAUGAAUUGGAUGAUGAAGAAUUUUUAGAUGACGAUGAGAAUCAUCACAUCGUCCAUGAAAAAGAGCACACCCUUAAACAAUUGAAAGAAAAGCUACCAAGAAAGGAUUACUAUGAAUUGAGAGAAGAAGAACAGGAAGAUAUGGUUCCUUCUUCCCCUGCACACUCACGAAUUUCUCAAGAGGUUCUUCAGCAGCCCUCUCCAGUUGGUUCAAAUGGUAUUCUGCUUUCUCCUUCAAUUUCUCCUAAUUGCAAUCAAUAA